AUGUCAUUAAGAUUGCCUCAGAAUCCCAAUGCGGGUCUUUUCAAGCAGGGGUAUAAUAGCUACACCAAUGCAGAUGGUCAGAUAAAUAAAUCUAUCGCAGCCAUUCGUGAGAUUCACCAAAUGUGCUUGACAUCCAUGGGUCCCUGCGGGAGAAAUAAAAUCAUUGUUAACCAUUUAGGGAAGAUAAUAAUUACCAACGAUGCAGCUACCAUGCUUAGAGAGCUCGACAUUGUGCACCCGGCCGUAAAAGUUUUAGUGAUGGCAACUGAACAGCAGAAAAUUGAUAUGGGUGACGGUACCAAUUUGGUACUAGUGCUCGCAGGAGAGCUUUUAAAUGUGAGUGAAAAGUUAAUUGCUCUUGGGCUUUCCCCAAUUGAGAUCAUCCAGGGUUACAACAUGGCCAAGAGUUUUGUCUUAAAAGAAUUAGAUUCUAUGACAGUCCAAGAAAUCACAGACAAGCACAGCAAGGACGAAUUGGUAAAGGUUAUGAAACCAGUGAUAUCCUCGAAACAAUAUGGAUCUGAGGAUAUACUUAGCGAAUUGGUUGCAGAGGCUGUUUCUCAUGUGUUGCCUACGAAAUCAAACAACUUUAAUGUCGACUCAAUUAGAGUUGUGAAGAUAAUGGGUGGCUCUUUGCAUAACUCGCAAGUAAUCAAGGGUAUGGUUUUCAACCGUGAACCUGAGGGUCAUGUUAAGUCCUUGCCCGCAGGUCAAAGACACAAGGUUGCCGUCUUCACGUGCCCAAUUGACAUCGCCAACACCGAAACAAAAGGUACUGUUCUGCUCCACAAUGCCCAAGAAAUGUUGGAUUUCACCAAAGGAGAAGAAAAGCAAUUGAAUGAAAUGAUUAAGGAAAUUGUUGAUGCGGGUGUCAACUGUGUCGUUGCUGGUAGCGGAGUUGGUGAAUUGGCUUUGCAUUAUUUAAACCGAUACGGAGUCUUGGUGCUAAAGGUUCCUAGCAAAUUUGAACUGCGGAGAAUUUGCAGGGUUUGUGGGGCAACCCCAUUGCCAAGACUAGGUGCCCCUACUCCUGAGGAAGUGGGUGUUGUUGAAACUGUGAAGACUACCGAAAUCGGUGGUGAUAGAGUUACAGUGUUCAAGCAGGAAGAGAGUGAAGCUACUAGAACUGCCACGAUUAUUUUAAGAGGUGCUACCCAAAAUAAUUUGGACGACAUCGAAAGAGCAAUUGAUGAUGGGGUGGCCGCCGUUAAGGGGUUGAUGAAGCCCGACGGCGGUAAGCUUUUACCCGGUGCUGGUGCCACUGAAAUUGAGUUAGUCUCCAGAAUCACCCAAUUUGGUGAAAAAACGCCCGGAUUGAUGCAACUGGCUAUCAAGCAGUUCGCAGUAGCAUUUGAGGUUGUACCAAGAACUUUGGCCGAAACUGCGGGUCUCAAUGUCAAUGAGGUGCUUCCAAACUUGUAUGCUGCACACACGUGUACCGAAUCUGAAUCUGAAGAGUCAGAUGACAGAGUUUAUCAAGGUGUGGAUAUUGACGGAGAGAACGUCGAAGGCGUGAAGGACGUCAGGGAAGAGGGUAUUUACGAUCUUCUGGCCGCAAAGAAAUUCGCUAUCAAUGUUGCCACUGAGGCUGCCACAACCGUCUUAUCAAUUGAUCAAAUCAUCAUGGCAAAGAGAGCAGGGGGUCCACAAAUGCCAAAGGGCCCUAAGCCCGGCAAUUGGGAUCAGGAAGACUGA